AUGAAAGACACAUCAUCAGACAAGAAGAAGAGCGAUGAGAAGAACAGCGUGUACGUGUUUAAAAAUACGAAGAAAUACGAAGAGAGCGGAGGUACGGUGAACGGUUACGGGUUGAACGAUAGGCUUGGUGGAUCGUGGAGAGGUAGCACGGUCAAGAGUAGCAGGGAAUGGAACAAAAAGAGCGGUCAUGAAGAGACACACGAUGGCAGUAAAUACGAAUACAAACAGAACAGUAGCUUUAACCGUUCUGAUAAGCAGCGUGCACGUGAUCAGCCAUGCAUUAACGAACAGCUACAAAAUAAUAAAAAUAGCAUUAAUGCGCAUAAAACAAUGAUCGAUAAUAAGGAAGGGAACGGAAUGCAUGAAAUAGACAGGGACUGUAAUGCAGUGCAGGGAAGUACAACGAAUGCUGUGGAACGUGGUGGAGAAAGAAAAACGUUUAGCUGGCGCACUGAGAAAGAGCCGAGGGACGGCAGAACGGGGAAUGGUAAGGUGUGGUACGAGAUGAGCGGGUAUAAGAGCGGUAGCAAAAGCAUAAACGAAAACGACGGGUGUAAAGGCAGCGAUACCGAUAACAGAGGAAGUAGCGGUGUUAAAAAUAGAAAUGGCGAUCACGCAAGAGACGAUACCACGGAUAUUAGCCCUACUACCAGCGGUGAACCGCUCGUUGGUAAUGAAGACAGGCAAAGAAUGAAUUAUGCACAGGGAAAGGGACAAAGAACGGAAAGGAAUGGGCGGUCUUGUUGGAAAAUGAGAGGUGAUGAGGAUGGAUUGAAUGGGCAAUGUGGUGUAGAUGACAAAGAAAGGGAUGGCCAUGUUUAUAGGCCGGUUACGGGGGGUAACGCUCACGUACGAUCUGGUGCGUGGAGGUUAGAGGGAGAAAGGAAUAGAAAAGUAUGGGGAGAAGGAACCGAGGAGGGUAACAGAUCAUGCGAUGAUAGGGCAGGCCCUGUUAAUAAAUUGGGGAGUAGAUCGGAUGGAGGCACGUUCUAUAGCCCUAAGGAGGCGUACGUCCCUAAGAUAAACGGUGCUUUUAGGGGUGGACGUUACGGGCAGAGCGAAGGUGACAGGUACGGUGAGACAGACAGAACAAAACCGGGUGCACGUUACGGGCAGAGCGAGGGUGACAGGUACGGUGAGACAGACAGAACAAAACCGGGUGCACGUUACGGGCAGAGCGAAGGUGACAGGUACGGUAAGCGAUCGGGUGCUCACUCGUACAGGACACACACGAGCAGCACGGGGAAAGGGCGGUCUAAGCAGUUCGUGUUUCCUUCCACGUACAAAACAACGGAAGAGUACGUAAUAACAUCAUCUCAUCCGUUUAUGCGCAUAAACACAGACGGAAAGAUAAAAUACAACACCUUGCAGAGGUACGCGAUGCAUUACAUCGGUGAGGGCAAGCACAUGAUACUGCGCGCACCCACCGGCACAGGAAAGACCCUCACCUAUCUCCUACCGAUCGUAUCAAACAUUGAAAAGGUGUUCGUUUCACAACGCGUCAUAAAAUUGCUGGUGGUAGUACCUACACGAGAAUUGGCAGCGCAGAUUGUUACUGAGGUGAACAAAAUAAGCAAUUUAAGCGUGAAAAUGGUAAUUGGUGGCGGGGAGUACGGCAUGGAUGGCAAUGUGGUGGUGGCAACACCGGGCAGACUCAUAGACACGUUAAGCAGAUACUACCGGUAUAAUCGCAGCAGUGCUGGCGGUGUACACCCCCUUUUAGCGCAGCUCAGUGCUGUUGUUCUCGAUGAGGGUGAUACGAUGUUUGACCUAGGAUUUAAGCAUGAUAUAGCAUCCAUACUGUCACAGGCACACCGUGAUGUACAGCUGGUGGUGGCGAGUGCAACGUACAACAAAGGUAUAAUGGAGUGUAUAAGGGAUUGGCGGUGUGAUUGGGUGUAUCUUUGUUUUGAGAUGGACGGGAUGGUUGAGCAGAAGGUUGUGCUGGUGAUGGAUAAAUUUAAGGAGCUGGUGAGGGUUAUUGGGGAGUAUUGUGGAGGCGAUGAUCGUAAGGGUAGGCGAUUUGAUGAUGGGCUAGGUAGCAGGGAGAUGAGUGGUAGGUACGGGGGUAGGGAACAGAACGAUGCGUUUGGUUAUGGAAAUACCAUGAAAUACAGGGGGUGUAGUGCAGCCGUGGUUGAAAGCCCCGCUAAAGAACAGCAUGCCCAUGCAAACGCACCUAAUGAUGUAUGUAAAAAAGAACAGAACAAUAAAAUACUCGUGUUUGUGAAGAGGAAGCGUACAGUCGAUGUACUGGCCAAUUCCUUGCCCUUUAUGCUUACGUCUCUGCACGGCAGCAUGCCACAGCACCAACGCACCGCCAAUCUCGCACUGUUCCAUGCAAACGUGAACAUCCUUGUCGCGACGAGCAUAGCUGCACGAGGCCUGCACAUCCAGAACGUAAACCUGGUCAUAAAUUACGAUCUGCCGGACAACAUCGAUGAAUACGUGCACAGGAUAGGACGGACCGGUCGGGGCAAGAAGGGCACGAGCAUCAGCUUUUGGAACGGUGAUCUGCUUGGCAAGUACCUAGCAAAGUACUUGGAGCAUUGUGGAUGUGAUGUGCCCGGCUUUCUUAAGGGUGAACGGGUGGCAGAGCAUGAGGAUGUGAGGAAGCGUUUUGAAAUGAUGAGAUUUGCUGAUGAGAAGAGCGGAGAUAGUGAGGAGGGAUGGGAUGAUUUUGUUGAGGGGUGAACGGUGAGAAUAAAUUGUUUGGAUUAAAGGUGGUUGAUCGUACA